CGGAGCCCCGCCGGCCGGCACUCCCGUGCCGACAGCCGACGCGCGCGGACAUGGCGUUCCCUCGCUGACGAGUCAGCCCGCGAACGUGCCAGUGCGAUUUGAGUGAUAAUAACACACGGUUCAUUACACCCUUUGCUGCCAACGCGGAUCAAAACUGCAACAUGUAUCGGCGAAGUGGCGUGGCGGCCUGUUUCCUCGCACUGAGCGGACUCUUUGCUGCCGCAAUAGCUGGUCCUCUGGGCCCUCUACCCACUAAUGUGACGAGUACAGAGCUGGGAAUCAAAGAAGGUAGCUGCGCAGUAGGCGACGUGGUCUACAUGCCUGGCGAUGAGUUCCCGGGGUCGUCGCCCUGUGAGAAGUGCGCGUGUGAGAGUGGCGGCGUGCAGUGCACGAAGCAGCGGUGCGAGCCCAGGCCUGGCUGCAAGGCGCUGCACAGGCCAGACCACUGCUGUCCUACGUAUCAAUGCGAGUGCGAGCAAGAAGGCCGAGUGUACGGCAACGGAGAGAAGCUGGUGGACCCUGCAGACCCGUGUCGCGUGUGCUACUGCCAAGGAGGAGAGGUGGUAUGUCGCAGGAUCGCCUGCUUCGUGAGGGACGACUGCAGGCCACGAUUGGUGCCCGGAAGGUGCUGCCCAGAGUAUGACAACUGUCCUCUCAGAGGUGUAACAUCUAUCCCCGGGAUGGUUCCAGCAAUAUCAAGCACGCCUGAAAUAAGUGAGGUACCUAUUGCGCCGAAAGAAAAUAUUGAACAAAAAAUAACGAUCAAAGAAAUUACGCCUGUCUCAGAAAUACCUGUAAUAACAGAAGUAAAAAUUAAAGAAAUCUUACCUUCACCAAGCAUAGAAGUGGCUGAGUAUUCCUCAUCUAAAUCUCCUUUGAUACCGAGAGAAGCAACAACGGAAAAAAUUGUGACCAUUAAAUUAGAAUCGACAGAAACUCCUGCAUUAAUUGAAAUUGUUAAACCAUCGGCCCCUGUUGUGAUUUCGUCUCUCGCACCUGAAACUACUUCAGCGAGCGAAAGCUCAUCUAUCAGCAAAACGGAUGAUUCAACUCCUUCCAAAAUAAGCUUCUCUACUCAAGAUUCUAUAAAUAGUGAGAUUUAUCCAUCGAACUUACCAAGUGUAGCGACGAUAAUAUCUUCUUCAUCUUCUGUAGCAUCAGAGACGCAGGCUCCUACGUUUACAAAAUCACCCAUCAUACUAGAAGAGGAAGAAGCUCCCAUUGAUCAUAAUCCAGCAUUCCCUCCAUUACCAGACGAUUUAUCUGUUCCCGCUAAUCAUGAAGAUGAAAUCGUAUCGGAACAGAAUAUAUAUAAUGAUCAUGUAUCCAGCAUCCAAGAAGUGGUAAACGUUGCUAUCACGUCAACGUCUAGUCCAGCUCCAACUGUUAAGGAAAUACAAACAACUAGCCAACGUCAAGAAAUGUAUACUUCGACAGAAAAAACAUCUGUAGUUACUCACCUCACCUCUAUUCGACCUAACUUGAACUUAACAAGUACUGAACCGCCGAUCGUCAAGGAAAAUUCUAUGCUUAAUCUUAGAUCUGCUAUUCCAACAGAAAUAUUGAAUACCGCGUCAUUUGUGCCUGAAGACAUAACAGGUGAAUUAGACGAAAUAGAAACAACAACCGCUUCUCCAAUGAAAUCCGUUGCUACCACAAUAGAGAACAGUGACAUUGAACUUAUAAAAACGACAGAAAAGUCUGAAGGAUCGCAAGAAAUAAAAAAAUCUACUGAUUCUACUACAUCUAUUGGCACAACAACUGUUACAACUACGAUAUCUACAAUACCUCCAACUACUUCUGCUCCUACGAAAUUAGUAGAUACAACAUUUUUAACAGAAAGUCCCAGGAUUAUGGAGGAACAAACGACGAGUUCGAUUGCUAGAUCCAAUAUCGCUACUGAAGUAACAUCUAACACUGAAAUAAGUUCUUUGCCAGUUGAAACAAGUGAUCAAAAUCCUCAUGAAGCACCAGAUAGUAGUAUCAAGGAUAAAACUGAUACUUCGACAAUUGGGACAUCAAUUGACGAUAUAGCGCCUACCAAAAUUUUCAAUGUGGAGCCGGAAGGAGUUACCGAUUCUAAGGCUGUCCCUUCAACUACAGACAAUUUGUCAACCGAAAUUAUAGAGACUACAGAGUUUGUUUUAAUCCCUUUAGGUUCAUCUGAGAGUGCUACUGAUACUGUGGAAUUGAUUAAAAUAUCACCGGAUACAGAAAAAAAUGCAGCUAUUAUUGAAUCUGUAGUAGAAACAAAGAAAAAUAACAUAUUAGCAGAUCUUAUUAAUUUGGUAGGUGAUGUUGCUUCCAUCAGUGACCAUACUGAUGGCCCUGUUGAAGAUGUAGUAGCUACAACUGCUCCCACAGCUAAAAUUUCUGAUUCAGAAGAACUUAUUCCUGUUAAUGCUGGUUACAAAAGCAAAAACAGUAACUGGAACCUGAAUUCAAUUACUGAAAUUCCACUGAAAAGUAAAAACCAACCUGGGAUUGUCAAACAAAAAGUAAUUGAGAUCGAGGAUGACGAGGAAUCAGAAGGUAUUACAGAUCACGCUCCUCCAAAUGAUAGAGUUGAGCCCACGACGCGAAGACCGAUCAUCGACAAUGUCUCAGAUGAUAUGGCAGCGAAUAAGACCAACAAAACUGACAUUGAAAUUAUUAAGCAAACAUAUGUGCCAACAGCUGGAAGCCGCCCAACUAAAGUGAUCCUUGAAGACGACAAGACCUCACAGGAAAUAUCAAAGCUACAGAAUCCUGUAACGACAUCUGAGACUGAGACUGCAACUGGUCAGAAUAUUUCUGUAUCAAAUGCUGUGACGUCAAUCUCUUCUUCCGAAGCCGGCGAGAGAGUAGUGUCAUUCACGAGUACUGCAAGUACGCAGUGAAAGCCUGAAAUACUUCAAUGUCGAUGGAACCUCAGCUAAUUAGCAUUUGUAGUGAAUAAGUUUCGUUCUUGAAACUGUAAGUUAACGUAGAGACUAUUAGUUUUAUGAGUUCUUAUACGCUAACCUUAUCGUGAGACGGUUAAAUGUAUUCCUCGUCAAUUCCUGCCCUGAUAUGGAAACUAUUUCCUGGGGUUUAAUUAUUACUCGUAAGUAGACGGCUGGUAAUAACCGGUCUUAUCCAAUGUAUUAGCUGGACAAAUUUGUUUGUAAUAUGUUAAGGGCGCGAGAUUAUAGGUCGGGCGCGACACGCGUCGAUCGCAUGUGUCAAAGUGUAGAUUAGUCGAUAGUUCUGUGUUUAGGACGUAAGUUAUUUAUUUGUUUAGUGAGAGAAUCGUGAAUGAUCGAUAUGUAAGCAACUAAGCUAGUCACACGGGGCGCCGGCGCCGCUGGCGUCCCUCGCCGUGUUGCCAUUAAACUAGCUACGUAUAAGACACAACAUGACAGACGUUGCCCUCGGCAUCCCAUAGUUUUAAUUCAUGAGGUGGACAGAACAAACCGCCCGGUUCGCUUCGCGGACCCUAACAAAAUUUGGUACAAAUCGAAUUUGAUAUAUCAACCUUAUGAAUAUACAUUUAGGGGUAGUUUUAGAGUAAUGAAUGUGAUCGCACAUAUGUCUAUUUAUUGCACUUGAUGGCGGUGUAUUGACCGUGGUCCCAUUUGGACUUGUGGCAGGGUACGUGUAUUUAAGGAGAGUAUCAGGUACAGAUAAAUUUAUUGUUAAUCACGUAGCAUUACGCAGAUAUUAAUCAAUGGUAAAUACCUGAUUGAAAAGUUUAACCUUUUCCAGGUUACAUUCAUACAUUACAUUGUCUAUUCAAUUCAUGUACCUCGGCUCAAGCGUGACCUGAUCGGGCCGCGAUCCUAUUGCUGUUCAAUUGUAUUUCUUGUAUUCGCAAACGACGGAUUUACAUUAGCUUCUUAGCUAUCCAAUUUAUAUGUACCGGAUACCAAGGACGAUAUGCACACGUACAUGAAGGCUCAAUGUAGUGUAAGGUUUAUUAUUGUAGUGUGCCGUACUGUAGCUUUACAUGUUUAUAAAUGGGUACACAUUCAGUAUAAUGUAUUUAAUUGAUAGUUCUCUCUCUCGGAACAUUGACAAGACUACACAUAAAAUCAGCCUGAACCACAAUCAUUGUCAUCAUUUUUAACUCUCCGCAACUAAUUUUUUCGGCCCAAUUCAUUUAUCUUCCAUCGUAACAAUGUCAUCAUCAUUAACAAGCACAUUUGUAAACAGAUUACUAAUUGUCCCUUCAUCAAAUCUUUUAUAUAUAUCAUUUCUAUAUACUCUUCGCACAUUAUUUUCAUUUAUCUCAUGUACUAGAGUACAUUUAUUUAUUUAAAGUACAUUUAUGUAUUUUUAAAAUUAUUUUUUUUAUCAGGAGCGUGUUAUUCCACUGCUAGUCAAGCUUGCUGGCUGCUCCGCUGCUACCAGUUUGAUUUAUACUGAAAAUAAAACUACAGAUACCCAUAUAUAAACAUCUACAGCUACAUUAUAACAGCUUGUCUAGAUUGAAAUGACACGCGCUACUAUCGCAAUUAACAUACAAAAUAUAAUAUGAGUUAUGGCGCCAUUCAUUUCAACUUACCAGGCAUCCUAGCUGGGUGGUGAGUUGCUGCAUGCGUAGCGUCGAGUGACGCUUAUGACUGAUUAUAGCGACAACUUAAGCCUCUAGUAAACACAUACCUGCAUCGUCGCGCUACUUCACCGUAUAUGUCGCUCAGCUAGGACGCCAAACUAGACGAGCCGCACUGCGUACGCUUGGUCCGACUCGCUGCGGCUUCUUGCUCCGGAAGACUGAUCUUUUCCCGAGCAAUAAGCGCAUGUGCUCACUGUCUUAUUUAACUUUGUUUUUUUUUUACAAAUUAAAAAACUAGACUGAA